CUACGCCAUACUUCUGCCUACUCGCUGAGCGUGCCUGGAACCAGCGGCACGCCAUCGACUAUCACUUUGCGGCCGCUAACUGGCGUGUCCAAGACGGCUGAUUAUUCCUGUUUCCCUUCGGCCACUCUCUCCUGCCCCUGUGUGCUGGGCCUCAUCUGCGCAUUUCACACGCCUGUCAUCGGAGCAAUACCUUGCUACGUCUGCUAGUGGAUACAACCCUCUUUGUUGUUCUGACCAACCGUAAAACCAUGUCCGUGUGGAUUUCUGCAACAUCAGUUUACUAAUGCUACCGGCCCGUGUCGCAUCUCUAUGCAUCUCCAUAUCCGCAGACCGACCUUCCACCGUCCUUGGUCUCUACGUGUUUGAUUCAACGUUUUCAAUAAAGUCUUAAUCCAGAGACUCUGUCCUUACCGUCUCGCCAGGCCACACAGCUUACCUUUUCUCCAUGCCCCCUCUGUUGCUACACCGCUCCAAGAAUCGUCGCGUCCGCGUUAUUCCGGACCCCAACAACUCAGGUGACGCUUACCACACAGCAACAGACAACGACCCUCGCCAACGCAAAUACAAACGGCUCAUGUUGGAUUUUUGGCAAGGGCUCCUUGCGGCUCUUGAAAGAAUCGCCAUGUUACCAUCAGUCAUGCACUCUGUGCUGCCAAUAUUGUCGCCACGAAAACGCACCCGAGAUGCAUUGCGGACCUAUGACCGGACCAUGGAAGACAUGUUGCGCGAAAUCCAGACCCUCCUUGAAGCACCCUUAGACAACGAAAAAUUGUUGGACAUGUCUGCAGCCCUGCAAAGGCAGUUUGCCCCAAAACUACAGUCGAGCGACAUUUGCAUGUUGCCUUCUUACAAUCACAAACUUCCUUCUGGACUGGAGAAAGGUACUUACCUGGCUCUCGAUGUCGGUGGAUCAACAUUCCGCGUUGCGCUUGUCGAAUUGAAUGGUAAAAGGCCCGGUGCCAAGAAUAUGCGUAUCAUCUUUAUGAAGAGCUACAAGAUAGACGAGAAGGUCCGCCAGCGAAGCGGACACGACUUUUUUGAGUGGAUGGCCGAUAAGAUUCAGCUGGCACUUGCAGAUCAGCAAUUGCAAGACUCGAACAGCACACAGACUUUUCCCAUGGGUUUAGCAUGGUCGUUUCCUGUUGAGCAAACAUCUAGUCGCAGUGCAAACUUAUUGGACAUGGGCAAGGGCUUCCGAGCGACUGAAGGGCUUCUUGGUCAGGAUCUUAGCGAAUUAAUAAUGGCGCCGUGUAGAAAGAGGAACCUACCUGUGCACAUGGAUUCCAUUGUCAAUGACUCUUCUGCGACAUUGCUAUCGCGUGCCUACGAAGACCCAUCAACACGCUUUGCUGUAAUUCUUGGAACUGGAUUUAACAUAUCUGUGCAUCUACCUGUAUCGUCACUUGCGAGCACCAAGUACAAGGGUUACCCACAGCAAUGGAUGGAUGAAGCCACCCACGUGCUCGUCAACACAGAAUGCAGCAUGUUUGGAAAAGGUGUUUUCCCUACGACUAGAUGGGAUGAACAACUGAACGAUGCACAUGUGCGACCAGACUUCCAGCCUUUUGAACACAUGAUCAGCGGUCGUUACAUGGGUGAGAUAGUAAGGUUGAUUGUUGUCGAAGCUGUACGCACAGCCGGUCUGUUCAGUGGCGAAAUGCCCGCCCACUUGACCGAACCCUACAGUCUGGACACUGGAACCAUUGCAGUCAUGGAGAUGGACGACUCAAAGUACCUUGGUCAGGCUAUCGCUAUCUUCCAGUCUCUACAUCCACUCAGUAAGCUACCUACCGUAAAGGACAUUCAAUUUGUUCGCCGAGUAGCGCAACUUGUUUCGCAUCGCGCUGCAGCUUUUCUCGCAACUGGUAUUCAUGCAUUGUGGGUGCUUCGAACCGAGUCCGAAGGCCUGACGCCCGCAUCCGCUGGCCGGAUGAGCAUUGGCUGCAACGGUUCAGUCAUUGAAAAGUACCCCCUGUUCAGAGAGCUCUGCCAAUCACAUCUUCAUGAUCUGACUGCUGCAUCUGGUGCCGAACCAAAGUCAAUCUCACUGGAGAUUGCUGUUGAAUCAGCCAUCUUCGGAGCAGCAGUAUCUGCCUGUUGUCUCGAGGGACAAGCAUAGUUCUUUUCCCUCCAUUUAUCUCCACCUUUUUUCUAUUCUUUGAAAAUGGUGGUUGUAUAUACACAUGAGAGUUUUGUUGUUCUAUUUCACCAUCUAGAAUCCCCCAAAGGGCUGGAUAUGAGAUAUCUGAAGAGGCAUAUGGGAGCUUGGAUUUUCUUUUCUUCGGGUACAUAAGUUCCCUGCGGCGUUGUUCAUCAUCAUCACCAUCAUCACAUUACUAGGAGGCGGUAAAUCAUAUGGGUAUGAGCAUUUUUUUUCAUGAUCUAAUGAAACAUUCAAUAAUCAAACUUCCC